AUGAUAUUUAUAAAAUAUAUAAUCUCAACAUUAAAUACUAUAAAAAAAAAAAAAUAUGUAAAUAAUUUUUCGUCUCCAAAUAGAAAUACCUGUUUUUUUGUAAACAAAUUAAGUUCACAUAUUUAUGAAGAUGAAGAAAAGUGCUUAAAAGAAAUACUGAAACUUCACAGAGAAGUAAAUAUUUUUUUAAAUUAUAAUUUCAAAAAUAAAAAUCAUAAACAUUCUAUUGACAGCACAAUUAAUUCCGAUUCAUAUACUUUUAAUAAGGAAAAUAAAGAAAUAACUAGAAAAGAAUCAAGAAAAACACAUUUGAAUGAGUUCGACGUUUAUGAAAAUGAUACUGAAAAUGAAAAUUAUGAAGCCAAUAAUAAAUUAUAUAGGUCAGUCGAUUAUAGUAAAGAUGAAUUGGAAAAAUAUAUAAAUGAGAAAAGUGAAUUUAUUACAAAAUUAAUGAAUGAAAUGAGCAUUAACCAGAUAUUUGUAUUAAAUAAAAAAGUGAAAAACAAAGAUUUAUAUAAAUUAUUUUUAAUAAACUAUUUUUUUUAUAACAAAAAAAAAAUUAAUAGUAUAAAUUCAAAUGAUUUAAUAUCCUUUUUUUUUUUAUGCUCCAGUUACAUUUAUGAUAAAAAUAUUUAUUACAAUAAGUUUCCUUAUUUUAAAGAUACUCCAAAUUUAUGUAAGGAUAUAUUAAAAAUACUUCUUAACUUAAUCUAUAAAAACAUAUUUAAUUUCAAGGCAAAUAAUAUAAAUGAAAUUGUUAUUAUAUUAUUUAAAUUACAUAAAUUAGAUUCGUUUAAUUUUCCAAUUGAUACUAUUAACAACUUUAUUAAUAAGCUAUCAUAUCUACUUUUUAAAUUUAACAACAAAAAAAAAUUUAACAAUGGUGAUUUAUUAUUGGAAAAAGAAGAAGAUAAUUUUGAUAGAGAUGAUAUGGAUAUAUUCUUUAAUAAUAAAAAUAAUUAUGAAAUUAAUAUUGAUCAUAAUAAUAUGAAUAAUAAAGAAGAUAUUAAUGAAAUAGAAAAUAGAGAUAUUAUUAAAAAGGGAAAAAAUGAUCCAAUGAAGUUGGAAAAUAGUUGCUUUUAUUUUUCCGAUAUAACAAAAUUACUUUACGAGAUUAUAUCCUUUCAUAAGGAUCUUUUAGUGACUAAUAAAAUAAAUUAUGAAUGUUUAAAUGAACAAUAUAUUAAUAUAAUUAAAAAUAUUAUUAUAUUUUCAAAAAAUGAAAUAAAAAAAGAAAAAAUAAAAGAUAAAUAUUUUUGGAAAUGCUAUAUGUCUCUACUGUACAGUUUAACAAUUUUAUAUGAUAAAAAUUUUCAUAAUGAUUUUUUUGAAAUUUUUGAAAAUUGCAUAAAAAUAUUUUUUUCUUUUUUUUUUUAUGAUCCAAAUAAAAUUAAAGUUAUGAAUUAUCAUGAAGUAAAAGAAUUUUUGAAUCAAAAUUUUCAUGUGAAAAAUAUAGAGAAAACUAAUAAUGAUAAUAGUUCUAUGAAUCUUUUAGAAAUAAAAAAACAUAUGAAUCAAUCAAUUAAUUAUAUCAAACAUUAUAGCAAUUUAAAUAUUUCUUUUGUAUUUAUUUGUAGUAAUGAAGUAGAAGAAAAAAACGCAUUUCUCCUGGAAGAAUUGAUUAAAUUUCUUCAUUCUCUCACUUUUUAUGAGAAAAAAAAAAAUUCUCUCAGUGAAAAAAGAAAUGACGAUAUAAGAAAAAUUAUAUUAUCCUUGUUUCCUAAUAUAAAUAAUUUAAUUGAAAAAUACAUAUUUCAAAUAUUGCAUGAAUGUCAAGAAAAUAAAUUAGAUAAACAAAAAAAAAAAAUUAUAGUCAAUGGAAAUAGCAGAAAAAAAGAACAGAAUAACGAAUAUAUAUUAAUAGAAAAUAAUGCAUAUAAAAAUAAUUUAAUUGAAAAUAAUGUAAAUGAAAAUAAUAGAGCUGAAAAUGAUUUUCAUUUAAAAAAAGGGAAUUUAGAAAAAGAAAAUUCAAAAAUUGAUACUUUGAAUUAUAAAGGAAAUAGUAUUAAUGAUUUAUUAAAAUAUUUAAGUCAUUUUUUGAAUAUAUGUUAUGAGCACAGAAUAAUUAAUAUUAAUCUUUUUUAUACAAUUACAUUUUUAGUUUCGAAAUAUAGAAAUAUUGAUUUAGUUGUUUUAAGCAAUAUUAUAAAUAUUUUUUCUAAAUUAAAUUAUUGCUAUUAUACAUAUUUCAUUUGUUUUUAUUUUACAAAUUAUAUAAGAAGAACAAAAUUUAACGAAGAUUUUUUAAGAGAGAAUUUCUUUUUUAUAAAAGAAAUAAAUCAAGAUAUAUUAAUAGAAAAAAAAAAAAACGAAAAAAGUCUCCAAGUAAACCAAAAAAAAAAUUUGAUUAUUUUUUAUAUAUGGAAAUCAUUUUUAAAAAAUAUAAAAGAAAAUGCUAGUGACACAAAAAGAUUAGAUAAUUUACUUCCUGUAAAUAUUACUAAAAUAAUAAAUGGGCUAAUUUAUUAUAAAUGUUUAGAUAAAAAAUUAAUUGAAAUGAUUAUGAAAAUAAUUUUAAGGCAAUAUAAUUCUAAGACAACAACAAAAAAAAAAAGAAAAAAUGAAAAAGAAAAUUUUAAUUUAAUUUGCUUAAGCUCACUUCUUAAUUAUAUGAGUUAUACAGAAGAUAUUCAAUGCUAUGAUAUAAAAGUAAAGUUGAUAAAAUUAAUAAAAAAUAAAAUAUUAAAAGAAGAAAAGUCUUUUGAUAGUAGGUUAUUAUGUGGUAUAUAUAUUAGUUAUGCAAGAUUAAAUAUUUUUGAUAAAACACUAUUUUACACAAUUUAUAGGAGACUAGAUUUACAAAAAUUAAAUAUUAUGAAUAUUAUAAGCAUAAUUUCAUAUUUAAACAAAAUGAGUAUUUAUGACAAAGAAGUAUUAUGUGCUUGUUUUAAUUAUAUAUUUACUAAUAUCAAAAAUUCAUUAAAAUCACAAUUAUCUUAUCUUAUUCACGUAUUAUUUAUUUUAACAUCUAUUUGCCAGUUAUAUAUGUUUGAUAAAUUUUAUAUUAUAUUAUCAUAUAUAUUUCAAAUUAUAUAUUAUAUAUAUAAAUUAUAUAAAAACAAAAAUUUUAAUAGAAAAACACUGUCUUAUAAUUUUCAAUCUAUGUUACUGAUAAGUUUACAUACUCUUUAUCAUUUUUUUUUAGUUACAGAAAGUAUAUAUUUAUUAAAAACAAUAAAUAUAAGAUAUUUAUAUUUUGUUAAUUAUAUAUUAAAUCAAGUAUAUGAAGAUGGACAAAUGACAACUACACAAUCUCAAAUUCAAAAAAAUGUUUUAAAUAUUCUACGUCAAUUAAUCAAUAAUAACAAAAUAAAAAUAUCAUAUGAACACAAUUUAAAAAAUACUCCAUAUCAGAUUGAUAUGGUAUUAUUAAUUAAAUGA